GGGGCGUGUUUGAGUUUGAUCCCUUACAGUCGGGAAGCAGGAGUCAAGUGGAGACAAAGCUAACCAACUUGAGUGCCUCCCAGUCUGAGAAAGCUACACUAACGCAAAUACCCUUGUUGGGGGACUCUUAACAUGCUUCGUUCAGUGUUCAUUGCACUUUGGUUACAGAACUAUUUACAAAAUGCAGGGGUUCGGUCCCAGGUAACACCACCAAACUUUUGCAAUGCUGGAAUGUGUUACAGUUUGCAUUUGGAUAGACGUUCCUUUCCACACGCAAAGAAACUAUGCGAGGACAAGAGGGGAAUCCUGAGCACCAUGGAAAGUCCAGGUGAAGCCAAGAACAUUCGGCGGCUAUUGGAAAAUAACGUGCCAGCCAAAGCACAACGGUAUCACCUGUGGAUAGGACUCCACAGGAAGGUGAAACAGUGUUACUAUCGUGACAAACCGCUCCGUGGAUUCUACUGGGUUAAUGGGAAUGACCAUUCCACUUACAGCCCCUGGAUUAGGGAACCUCAGCGUACCUGCACACACGAGAGAUGUGUGCAACUUCAGGCGAAUCUCCCAAACCAACUUCAAUGGAAAACUUCCGCGUGCGACAAAGAAAACGAUGGUUUCAUCUGCAAGUACCAAAUGUGCGAGCAUCUCAAUUUUGAAUUUGGAGAGGUGGUGUAUCAAAACCCCCAGCAGAGUGGGAGUGAGCUCUGGCCCGCUGUACCCGCAGGUUCAGUGGCUAUCAUCAGCUGCCCCAACGGCAAGUCUGUCCUUUUGAAAUGUGACCGCGAGAACGGGGAAAUCAAAUGGUCAUCUUCCAGGAGCCAGGCAUCCAUGUGCAACAGCUGCUGGAAUGAGACAACUGGAAGCUCGUGUCAAAAUCGCUGUUUUCAGAUCGCCGGAGACUACUUCUGUUACUGUAACAAGGAUUUUUCCAUGGACCCUCUGCAAGGAAAAUGCGUUCCAAAGGGAAAUAUGGAAACUGGCUUCAAUGAAUCGUCUAGAAACGGGUUCAUAGGCACAGAAAGUGUAGCUGCCAAUAGCUCAGCUUUCCCUGCAUCGACAUUAGCCACUAAAUCUCCAACAAGACCAUUCUCUCAAGCUGCUGAAAGUUUAACAGUUACAUUUCCCCCAUCUUUCACGGAUGCAGAACAAGGAAAGCAGGAAGCGCAUUCAAACGCACCCUUUCUAAUAUAUCAGGUCAUCAUCGGCGUCCUGGUUCUGGUGCUGCUGGUCAUGAUUGUGGGAAUAAUUAUUCGGGAACGGAGAAGAGGAGGCACCCACAAAGCAGCAGCCAGCGAGGAUGGCCUGGCGCUGAAAAGCACAGACUCGGUUCCUCAGGUGAACGCCAAAGACUCGGUGGAAACUGUGAAUGUUACAAACGAAAACCAUUAUGUUGAAACCACGUCAGCGAGUGAAAAUGAAGUUAAUGUUCCCAAGGAAAACGGUGAAAUAAGUCGCUAGCACACUGAGGAGCCACGAGGAGGCGCUCACUCUACAAUUGCAAUCUUGCACCAACGUAUGUGUUAACUUACAGGAGGCGAAUAUAACUAUCCUAUAACUGGGGUAAUGCAUAAUUUAUCUGGUUUAACGUGAAGGAAGCGUGGAUUUUUAUAAUGGUUGUUUAGAAGGCUGGUGUGUAUACUUUACUGAACAGGAAACACGAAUAAUGUCCCCAAGAGAUAGGUGAUGCCCUUGUAUACCAUUGACUGUACAAUAAAGAAUAUCAAGUUAAACUGAC